UGGACAGAGCAGUGCAGAUAGUAACCACAGAGGGGAAGUGUUGGCGUUGUGAAGCCCCUGCUGAUACUGAGUGUGUGUUGCAGCUGGCGUGGACCCCCCUGCUGGCGGCGUUCAGCGUGGGGCUGCAGGACUGUGAUGACCCCGAGGUGGCCUCUCUGUGCCUGGAGGGAAUCCGCUGUGCCAUCAGGAUCGCCUGCAUCUUCAGCAUGCAGCUGGAGCGGGAUGCGUAUGUCCAGGCUCUGGCCAGAUUCACCCUGCUGACAGCCAGCUCCAGCAUCACAGAGAUGAAGCAGAAGAACAUCGACACCAUCAAGACCCUGAUCACUGUGGCCCACACUGACGGGAACUACCUGGGCAACUCCUGGCACGAGAUCUUGAGGUGCAUCAGUCAGCUGGAGCUCGCCCAGUUGAUCGGCACCGGGGUGAAGACGCGCUACAUCUCAGGGGUGGUGCGGGACAAGGAGGCCGGCAUCAAGGGUCUACCCUCCGGCACAGAGGAGUUCAUGCCCCUGGGCCUGGGUAACCUGGUCGGCAGUCAGGACAAGAGACAGAUGGCUCACAUCCAGGAGUCAGUGGGAGAGACCAGUUCUCAGAGUGUGGUGGUAGCUGUGGACAGGAUCUUCACUGGAUCCACCAGACUAGAUGGAAACGCAAUCGUGGACUUUGUGCGCUGGCUGUGUGCCGUGUCCAUGGACGAGCUUGCCUCAGCACACCAGCCCAGGAUGUUCAGCUUGCAGAAGAUCGUGGAGAUCUCGUACUACAACAUGAACCGCAUCAGGCUGCAGUGGUCCCGAAUCUGGCAGGUCAUAGGAGACCACUUCAACAAGGUGGGCUGUAACCCCAACGAGGAUGUAGCCAUCUUUGCUGUGGACUCCCUGAGGCAGCUCUCCAUGAAGUUCUUGGAGAAAGGAGAGCUGGCUAACUUCCGCUUCCAGAAAGACUUCCUCCGGCCUUUUGAGCACAUCAUGAAGAAGAACAGGUCCCCCACCAUCAGAGACAUGGUGAUCAGGUGUGUGGCUCAGAUGGUCAACUCGCAGGCGGCUAACAUCCGUUCGGGAUGGAAGAACAUCUUCUCGGUGUUCCACCAGGCAGCCUCCGACCACGAUGAGACCAUCGUAGAGCUGGCCUUCCAGACCACUGGGCACAUCGUCAGUGAGUACACCUGCAGCUCUCUCCUCAGGGCAGCCAUUUUGGCUCAGGGGAUAUGA